AUGGACAACUUUUUAUCGAUAUUGAACAAGUUUCUUUCCGUCGGAGAUGUCGCUGUCAGCUUUGACCCUGUUCAUGCUGCCCUGCCAUGGGCUGCUGUUCGAUCUGUUAUCGUGAUUUUGACUGCACACCACGAGUUAAAAGGGUUUGUCCUCACUGGAAUUGCCGAUGUCGCUUCGCUGCUCGUACGAUGUGAUAUGUACCAACAAUUAUAUAUGGCUCCAGAUCCCGCUCUCCGCCCGCCUGAAGACAUCUUGGGUAAAUUGAGCGCAAUCAUUGUUCAUACUUAUGCUGGAGUACAGUCAUUCCUUGCCUUCAUGGUAAGACGCCAGCAGAGCAAGGCCAAGAUAGAUGCUGUAUUCAAGCUCGAAAUUGCGCGAAGCCAUAUCGACAAGCUUUCUGGAAGUGAAAAGCAGUUACUGCAAGCCGCAGACGACUGUGAGAAAUCUUGUGAUCUAUCAAGUCGAUCUGAUCUGAGAGAGCUUCUCAACCUCGCAGCGGAGAUCCCUAUCAUUCAGCACCAGGUAGAAUUGGUUCUGGAACGGAUAGAUGCCAAUGCUGAGCGCGAGAUUCUAGAAUGGAUCUCGCCAAUACCAUAUGGAAAGCAUCAUAUUCUUAGAGCAGAGUCUCGAACUCCCGGCACAUGCGAGUGGUUGCUGCAAAAAGGAGACUUUUGUAAAUGGUGGGACUUGAAGUCAUCGGCAGUUCUGUGGCUCCAAGGCUCGACCGGGAAAACAUACCUCACUUCCAGGGUAAUCGACCAUGUUCAGGAUCUGCUUAAAAGCUCACCAACCCAUGCGGGUUUCGCAUAUUUCUAUUGCAAUCGGAAUGAAAAGAAUCAAAGCGAUCCUCUUUGCGUCCUUCAAAGCUACGUUCGCCAACUCUCAACCGCUGUUGGAAGUACUGGACAUAUACGGAAAAGGCUCCAGUCCGUCAGCGAUGAAGCGAGACGUCAGGGAUCUCACCUUGGUUUCGAGGCAUGCAAGAUUCAAAUACUGGAAUCGGUAAAUGGGUACUCUCACACCACCAUCAUUAUCGAUGCCCUGGACGAAUGUGAUAAGGAGCAGCGCUGGCGUCUCAUCAAUGUGAUCCAGGACCUAGUAUCCAAAUCUGAUCAGCCGCUCAAGGUCUUCAUCUCAAGUCGACCCGACUUUGAUAUCAAGACGCAGUUCUCUGGCAAGAGCAUUGAGAUCCGCGCGAUAAAUAAUCAAGGUGACAUUGAGAAAUUUGUCAAUGCCGAAAUAGACAAGCCUAGACAAUGGAUGCCGAUAUCCCCAUCACUGCGGAGCGACAUCGUCAGAAUCCUCUGUGAAGGCAGUGACGGAAUGUUCCAGUGGGCGUACCUACAGAUUAAACAGGUGCUUGAAUUGCCAACUGAAUUAGACAUCCGGGAUAGGCUUGGGAGACUUCCGAUUGGUCUCAAAGAAGCAUACGAUGAGAUAUACGGAAAUAUUGCGAAAACUCAGCAUUGGAAGGCCCUCGUGGAUCGCGCGUGCAAGUGGGUGAUGAGUGCCUGCACACCUCUCAGCAGCGAUGAGCUUUUGUCCGCAAUUCGCAUUGAUUCCGACACAAAUUCCAUCAACUCUGAAAAGGAGAUCACCGAAUCAGAGUUACUAGAUCUAUGCAAGAACCUUCUUCUUUUUGACUCUCAGAGAAAGGUUUGGAGGUUCUCGCACCUGUCAGUAGUGGAAUACUUUGAAGUCAACCACUGGGGUCUUCGGCAGGCUCAUUGUCAUGCUGCUCAAGUGUGUCUCAAGCUUCUAAUUGAGCCGUAUGAGAACCCGACCUACGAAAGCGUUGAAAAAAGCUCAGGCGACAAGCAUAACAUGAAAUCACCGAACAAGCUUGGUCUCGUUCAUCCGUGGGAAACAUAUGUGCGAUAUCACUGGGUGAAUCAUGUUAGAACAUACGAAGAACAAAUCAGCAAAGAAGGGCAAGAAGCAGACCCUUUUUUAGCGAAGCUUUUGAAGAGUUUUCUUGGUUCUCCCGGCGAGAGCAGUUUUCAAUACCGCGCCUGGUAUCGUAGCCUUGAUUUCCAUUCUAACAUCCUACCGUCGAGUUUCUCGUGGAAGAUCAGCAAGUGGGAAAUAUCUCCAGAAGAGGUCACAAUUUGCGCUAUGUGCCGCUUCUCGUUCUACAUUCUCUUACGGGACUGGUGGGACAACGCGGAAGUCACAGUCUCACAAACCAGCGGGGAUGGCAGAACUCUCUUGGAACUUGCUGCCAUGGCAGGUUGUAAACCUAUCUGUGAGACACUUAUAAAACGAGGGAUAGAAACGAACCGCGUUUCAACGAGUGGCUAUUACAGAAGCGCUCUCGUUGCUGCCGCUGCUGGAGGAUAUAAAGAGAUAGUUGAACUCCUUUUCGAGAACGGGGCCGACCCGAACCUUAAGUUAUCGAGUGGAAACUACGGGAGCGCUCUCGCUGCUGCCGCUUCUAAAGGAAAGAAAGAGAUAGUUGAAGUCCUUAUCGAGAACGGGGCCGACCCGAACCUUAAGUCAUCGAGUGGAAACUACGGGAGCGCUCUCGCUGUUGCUGCCGCUUGGGGAGGAUAUAAAGAGAUAGUUGAAGUGCUUAUCGAGAACGGGGCCGACGUAAACCUUAUAUUACCGAGUGGAAACUACGAGAGCGCUCUCGCUGCUGCUGCUUCUAAAGGAAAGAAAGAGAUAGUUGAAGUCCUUAUUGAGAACGGGGCCGACCCGAACCUUAAGUUAUCGAGUGGAAACUACGGGAGCGCUCUUACUGCUGCCGUUUCUGAAGGAUAUGAAGAGAUCGUUCACGUCCUCGUCGAGAAAGGGGCCGACGCGAAAAGUUACGUUGUCAAGUAG